AUAAAUACGUAUGAUUUUUAAUUUCUACACUUAUUAACGAGAUCGUGUUUGGUAACGGAAGAAGAAGCCCACCAAUUGAUGCCAGGAUAUUAAAUAGCAUUCUCAAGAGGUAUCAAUUGUUGCAUUCACGUGAGUGACCUUAAUAAAUCAUUAUAUUGUUGUCAUAUUUAUUUGAGAAAUUUAACGGAGUCUAAGGUAUGAUAAAUUGUUUAUUAAAAAUUGUAUAUUAUGAGAUAUUUAUGUCGUUUAUUUUGCCUAAUUAGAAAAUUGAGAUGGCAAAACGUUUAGUUUCGAACAAAGAAGAGCAUAAAAUACUAAAAGAAAUUAAUAAAAGAAAAUUGUAUGUGGUCGGCCAAAAAUGUAAUUUUUUAUUAUUAUAAUUUUAAUUAUUUAUUUGUCCGUAAAAAAUGUGUUUUUUUUUUAUAAUUUAGAUGGUGAUAUGAUCGAAGACAUGAACAUUUUAAAUACUGAUGAUCUUGAUGUAAUCCCACGAGUACAUUUAACAGAAAAUCAACGACUCGUAUGGUCAGUACUUUUUUCGUUUCCGGAGCAUUAUGCAUCUGUUGUUGUACCUGAUUUGCAUGAGGAUACUACGUUAGUAUAUAUAUUUUGCUUCUGAACACUUCUUAUAAGUUUUUUUUUUUCAAUUUUUUAAUUAUUAUUAUAUAAACUGUGUAACAUUAUUUGUUUUGUUUUAAGAUUCUAUAAGAUGUUAGUAGACCUAUUUUCCGAAAAGGCACCAUGGGAUGCCGAAGGUAAAUACACCGCAGACACAAUAAAUAUUUAUAGUGAAAUUACAGUCAAAACUACUACCAGAGUUCUAAAAAAAGUACACCCUGAAUACACAUUGUCAAAUGUGUUGACGUUGUUCAGGUAAACUAAUUGUUUAUUAUAUUUUACAGUUAUCUUGUUCGUGUUGUUUUUUCUUCUCUCAAUCAGCAGACAUUUCUGUUACUAUAUUAUUUAAUGCUUUGUUGUCGCAAACAAAUUAGCAUUUAUAUCGACAUAAGCUUUUACGUUUUCAGGCUUUCUAAUUCCCAUCAUUUUGUUUCUUUCACAAAUCUCCACUCGUUGGAUUUAUGAAUAUAAUUUCAAUUUUAUUGUUUUAAGGUGUCCAAUUAAAUAUGGUUUACCAACGUUUUUGAUUGUUAUUUCUGGCGGAAAAUAUGAAAACGAACAUUUAGAAGAUUAUUUCAAGUAUGUUUUUAAAGUGUUUUAUCAAAAUUUAAAUUGAAUCGAUGACUUAACAUAAAUUAUUUUGUAAAUAUAUUUUAAAUAUUGCAUUUGAUAUGUAUUUACUAUAAAACAAUAUUAUAACCGUUUAAUAAUAUAUAUAUAUAUAUAUAUGAAUGUAAAAUUAAAUAUUUUUUUCAGGUAAUCAUAUUGAAGUGUGUAUCUUAGCUAAUUUUGACUUAACGUGACAUCAAUAUUGACAAUUUUAAAAUAAACAUUAAAUAUUAGUACGAAUGUUUAAG